GCGCGGAAGCAGCGGCAGGUUUCAGGGACCACGGCAGCCCCUCCAUGCCCGCCCCAGAGCGACCCUGGGGACACAGCGGGGACAGGGGGCUGACAUCGCCCUCGGUGCCCGCCCUGACCCAGUUUAGGAUGGCGGAGCACGGCCCGGUGCCCUCGUCCUGCGACUGCUUCGUGGCCAUGCCCCCGCACACGGCGUUCCCCGCCGUCAUCUUCGCCAAGAACGCCGACCGGCCCCGGGACGAGGUGCAGGAGAUCGUCUAUGUCCCCGCCGCCACCCACCGGCCUGGGGACAAGGUCCAGUGCACGUACGUGCAGAUCGAGCAGGCAGAGCGCACCCACGCCGUGGUGCUGAGCCGCCCCGCCUGGCUCUGGGGGGCUGAGAUGGGCGCCAACGACUGCGGGGUCUGCGUGGGCAACGAGGGCGUGUGGACCCGCGAGCCGCUGGGCGAGGCCGAGGCGCUGCUGGGCAUGGACCUGGUCAGGCUGGGUCUGGAGCGGGGCAGCUCGGCCCGGGAGGCGCUGGAGGUGAUGACGGCGCUGCUGGAGCGCCACGGGCAGGGCGGGAGCUGCAAGGAGCAGCCGGAGCCCUUCGUGUACCACAACACCUUCCUGCUGGCCGACCGCAACGAGGCCUGGCUGCUGGAGACCGCCGGGCGCUACUGGGCAGCGCAGCGGAUCCGCGAGGGCAGCCGCAACAUCUCCAACCAGCUGAGCAUCGGCAGCGAGAUCACGGCGGAGCACCCGGGGCUGCGGGAGCGGGCGCGCAGCCAGGGCUGGUGGAGCGGGCACGGCGAGUUCAGCUUCGCCCGGGCCUUCUCCCUGGAGAAGGAGCCCCCGCGCAUGGAGGCUGCCAGGGCUCGGCUGAGAGCGGGCACGGAGCUGCUGCAGCGGCACGCAGGUCACAUCACGGAGGAGACGCUGAUGUCCAUCCUGCGGGACAAGGCCGGCGGGAUCUGCGUGGACAGCGCGGGGUUCCGCACGGCGGGCAGCAUGGUGUCCGUGCUGCCCCGCGACCCCGCGCUGCCCUGCGUGCACUUCCUCACGGGCACGCCGGACCCGUCCCGGUCCGUGUUCAAGCCCUUCGUGUUCGUGGCCGGCGUCCGGGCGGCGCCGCAGGUGCGCUCCCCGAGCUUCCCGCAGGAUCCCGCCCGGCAGAUCCCGCGCUUCCGCAGCUCCGUGGAUCGGCGGCACGAGCUGUACCGGCGGCACCAGGCGGCGCUGGAGCUCAUGGAGCGCGACCCGGAGCGGGGCCAGCGGCUCCUGGGCACGCUGCAGGAGCUGGAGCAGCAGGGCCUGCAGGGCAUGCGGGAGCUGCUGCAGGGCACCGUCAGCCCCAGCCCCCAGGAGCUGGCCGACCUCUUCUUGGACUGCGUGGAGGCCGAGAUGAAGUUCUACACCUGAACCCCACAGAGCCUGGCCCGGGGGCUGGCUGGAGCCGCUGGGUGCCCGCACCGGUGACAGCGGAGCCCCGGGGUGGCCCUGGGGACAGCGCUGGGGACCCGGCGGGGCCGCGCCGCCCUGCCCCGGGUGCCCCGGGCCCAGCAGCUCCUGCAGCUCCUCCAGGCGCGCCCGGUGCUCCUCCAGGCUCAGGGCCCGCCGCAGCCGCGCCCGCGCCGCCAGCUCCCGGCGCAGAUCCCCCAGGAAACCUGCCCCGAGGGACGGCAGCUCCAGGAGAGCUGGCACUGCCAGCCCCUGGCACCGUGCCGCGUGUCCUGACCCCCCCGGGCACCUCUGUCCACCGUGAAGGGAGCCCUGAGCGCCGCCAGCAGCUCCUCCUCAUCCUCAUCCUCCUCAUCCUCGCUGCUGCAGGAGCCUCCUCCUCCUCCCUCCUCCUCGGCCGUGCUUGCCCGCACGGGCUGGGAGUCCAGCUGCAGGAGCUGGGGCAGCGCUGCCAGCACCCCGUCCCUGUGGGGAAACGGGAGGAAAAACCGAAUUUCCUGCAGCUGUGGGAUUGGGAGUGGGGGUCCCGUCCUCCCUCAGCCCCCCAGAGCCUGAGCGGGGAGAGGAGAGAUUCAAAUCCCUGGGGUUUGCAGAGGAGAGAGUCAAAUCCUUGGGGUUUGAGCAGGGAUUCACAUCCCUGGGGUUUGGAGAGCAGGGAUUCAGUCCCUGGGCUUUGAGCAGGGAUUCAGUCCCUGGGGUUUGGAGAGGAGAGAGUCAGAUCCGUGGGGUUUGGAGAGCAGGGAUUCAAUCCCUGGGCUUUGAGACAGGAUUC